GCCGUCCCCAAAGCUUGCUGUUCGCUCCUCUGUCUGACAGCUGCCCUGCCGCCAACAGGCAGCCCCAGCUUCCCCAAACCAGUCUUCCGGCCUCGGUGGCGCCCCAGGGCCGCGGGAUUUAGGGAUUAGGAUCUGGAAGGGUUUGGUCCAAUCCCCUCUCCCUCUCAGCGUCCUGGGCUCACCUCCCCGGCAGCUUAGCGCUCCUCUUCCAAAACUGCUUGCUGUUCUCAGCGGCCAUUGCUCUGGCAGGGGGAAGGCCUUGUAGGCGGGCCAAGGGGUUGCCUGGCGAGAUGCCCCCAGACCCCGCAAUCUGAGGGCCAACCCAGGCCGCUUCCCCGCCGCCGUUCACCCGCUCCCAGCUCCUGGGGACGCCAUCUUGGAUGUGGGCACCCCUACACCCAGCACGGCUGCCAUUGGUGGGCUGCGCAAGCCAUGGACGGGCCGACCAAUUGGGAGCCGGAAUCCUGAAGGCCGCUGAAGCCAACCGGUAACGUCAGGGUCUGGGCACACAGGUGGACGGGGAAGGCGGAGCUUGGACGAGCAGAGAGGCGGGGCUCAAAGUUCCUAACCCGCGAGAGGGAAGAAGCAGGAGGUCUCGGCAUGAAACAGCAGCAGUGGUGUGGGAUGACUGCCAAAAUGGGCACCGUGUUGGCAGGGGUCUUCACCAUCAUGGCCGUACACAUGUAUCUCAUCUUUGAACAUAAUCACCUAGGGCAUGGCAAUUGCACUGAGAUCACACUAAAGUACGAGAGUGCAAGUGACAUCAUAAAUGACUUCAUCAUCUGCUGGAGUUUUAAAAUCGUCCUCUUCCUCUCUUUCAUCACCAUCCUCAUCAGCUGCUUCCUCCUGUACUCAGUGUAUGCCCAGAUCUUCAGGGGCCUGGUCAUCUACAUUGCCUGGAUUUUUUUCUAUGAAACUGUAAACCUCGUAAUACAAAUCCUCACCAACGACGACUUCAGUGUUACAGAGGUCAGAAUCAUGCGCUGGUUUGGCUUGGUGUCUCGUACCGUCAUGCACUGUUUCUGGAUGUUCUUUGUUAUCAACUAUGCCCAGAUAACCUACAAAAACCAGAGCCAGGGCAAUAUAAUUUCCUACAAGAGACGAAUUUCUACAGCGGAGGCUCUCCACAACAGAAAUAAAAGAUUAUCAGUUUUGGGUGGGCUCAGUGGCUCACACCUGGAAACCCAGCGCUUUGGAAGGCAGAGGAGGUGCUCUGGUAAAACAAGUAUAAAAUGAAUGUCAGGAUGUUGUCCCUCAUGGUGGGCAUCUUCUCUGUCCUCAAUACCAUCCAGUUCUUCAUCUUUGACGUGAACCAGAUGACACACAUUGGCUGUGAGGCCAAGUUCCACAUCUACGUGGACUCAAAGUCAGAGCUAGUCACUUGGAUCCUGUUCCACAGGGCUAGCAUCAGCACUGGCCUCUCCCUCGCCACCAUCGUCAUCAGCUGCUUCCUCCUUUAUUGUAUCCACAAGAAUAUCUACAAGGGGCUGCUGAUCUAUGCCAUGUGGAUCAUCACUUACGAGUGCAUCAACUUCUCCAUAGUCCUGCUCCUCAACAGGAUCAUCGAAGAUUACUUCAAGGAGCUGAGUUACUUGCACUGGAUCUUCCAGAUCUCACACAUGCUCCUGCACUUUUUCUGUCUGCCCUUCAUCAUCAAGCAUGCAUACAACCUUUACAAGGAAUCCCAGACUGUGUGCAGGAAACGCCGCCACAUGCUCUCCUCCACCACUGCAGUGAACUCAUGACCACCUGUCCGUCUGGGAAUGUUGUACCGGAAAUUAAACUGAACCAUGCCGGGAAAGGUGGGAGGGAAUGGUGCUCCUCAACAAUGGAACCUCCCCACCCUGCCUGGCUUCUGUUGAUGCUGCUUGGUUUGUCAGGGCUUUUGAGUUUUAUGCACUGAGGAAUGACUCUCGGGAGAGGGCAGGUUGUGCGGAUCAAUUAUUUUACAGAUGUGUUGCGUGACUUGUUUUAGCAGUUAAUGAUAUGUGGCCUUGUGCUUACUUAACCAUCU